AUGGAUCCCAUCAAGAUCUUGAAGUUCCAAGCAAUGCACAAGCACAACAAGAGGCAUCAUCACCAGCCUUUCAACAAUCUCUUCCUUUAUACUUUGACAGCAUUAACUUGCAGUCUGUUUUGUUUUAGCCCUUUAUGGCUUCCCUCUUUAACUUCUUCCAUGAAGGCCUUUGUCUUUGUUUCUGUCCCAAAAAUCAGUUCACUGUUUUUGAGCUCCAAGUUUGUGUUCAUACUAGGCAAUCUCAUUGUUGUUGCCCUUGUUGGAGAAUCCAAAAUCUUUUCCACAGUCUCUUCUGCAUCUAAUAUUGUUGACCAAUAUGAAAGCAUGAAAAGGUGCCAAACCCUUCAGAGCUCUUCCACCCACCACCAAAAGGAACCCAAGAAUAUGAGUACUUUUGUGGAAGAAAAGGUGCUGCUGAAGAGGACUUGUGGAUAUGAAGAAGCUAUAGAAGGGAGAGGAUGGGAUGAAGAAAGUGAGGAAGUAGUGGUGAAGGUGAAAGAGGAUAUAGAUGAAGAUGACGAUGAUGAUGAUCAGAAAUUGAACCAAAGAGCUGAUGAUUUUAUUGCAAGGGUCACUGAAAGAAGGCUGUUUGAAUUGGAGCUAGAUAACCGCUUUCGUAACACUGAAAAAUGA